GAUCAGCUGCGACAUUAUUGUUAAUCACCUCAAAAAUUGGUUUGGGCAUGCUUGAUGCCAGUGUUUCCAGGAGGCUAGUGGGAAUGUUGCUCCAGGUGGUGAAUAUGGCUUCACCGGGGGCAUCCACUGUCACUUGCUAUUUAUCCCCAAAAGUUUUCAGUUGGGUUUAGAUCAAAGGAACACGCAGGAUGGUCCAAAAUGUGAGGUUAUUCCUCUGGAACAAGUCCUUUGUCAGGUGGGCUUUGUCAACUGCUGUGCUGUCCUGUUGGAAAAGCCAGUCAUCACCACACAGACGAGGUCCUUCAGUCAUGAGGGAUGCCCCCUGCAACAUCUCCACCUAGCCAUUUGACGCCCGUUUGACGCCCCUGCACAACCUGAAGCUCCACUGAAGGAGAAAGCACUCCAGAUCAUAAUGGCGCCCUCUACUGUGCUGUAUGGAAAACAUCUCGGGUGGGAUCUCCUUGUCAUUCCAGUAAUGUUGGAAGCCAUCAGGACCGUCAAGCUUCCAUUUAAAACUUUCUUUCACCUUUCAAUGUCCCAUGUUUGGUGCUCUUGUGCAAAUUCCAAACAGGCAGAUUUGUGGUGUUGAAGGAGACGACGCCUUUGAAGAUGUUUUUUGUUCUUAAAACCUUUCUCUCGCAGACGAAGUCUGUUGGUUAUUGGAGUGCACUCGGCAUCAGUAACAACCUUCAUUCCACUGAGGAUGCUCCCGUAUCCUGACAGACAGCCAAUCGGAUCCUUCGGCUCAGUGCCAGUGAAAUUUUUUGGGGUCUACCACUUGACUUUAUUGUUCUGUAACCCUCAGGAUCUUUUAAGAAGUUUAAAAUGACUGUCCAUCCAUCCAUCCAUCUUCUACCGCUCAUCCGAGAUCGGGUCGCAGGGGUAACAGCCGAAGCAGGGAGGGCCAGAUUUUCCUCUCCCCGGCCACUUCGUCCAGCUCCUCCCGGCGGAUCCCGAGGCAUUCCCAGGCCAGUUGGGAAAUAGUCUCUCCAACGUGUCCUGGGUCUUCCACGAGGCCUUAUACCGUUCGGACUUGCCCUAACACCUCCCCAGAGAGGCGUCCGGGAGGCAUCCCGACCAGAUGCCCAAGCCACCUCAUCUGGCUCCUGUCAAUGUGGAGGAGUAGCGGUUCUACUCCGAGUCUCUCCCGGAUGACAGUGCAUCUCACCUUAUCCCGAAGGGAGAGCCCAGCCGCCCUACGGAGAAAACUCAUUUCGACCGCUUGUACCCGCGAUCUUGUCCUUUCGGUCAUUACCCAAAGCUCAUGACCAUAGGUGAGGGUAGGAACGUAGAUCGACCGGUAAAUUGAGAGCUUUGCCUUUGGCUUAGCUCUCUCUUCACCACAACAGACCGAUGUAGAGUCCGCAUCACUGCACCAAUGCCGCACCAAUCUGCUUAUCGAUCUCGCGUUCCAUCCUUCCCUCACUCGUGAACAAGACCCCAAGGUACUUAAAGUCCUCCACUUGGCUAAAUGACUGUCUUACUGCAUCAAACCUUAGCAGCAAUGGUGCUCUGCAAGAGGCCUUGCUUAUGCAGCUUAGCAAUCCGACCACGUGCAAAGAGAGAAUGCUUUUUCUGCCUGUGCUAUGAAGAGAUCAUGACAGUGUGAAUACCUGAUAGAAAAUGACUUUGAUUCCACAUUUUUUUUAUUUUGCCUUGCUACUUUGUCAACAUGUUAUCACACACUAUUAUUGUGAUCACGUGGGCUCCAUCCGGCCACUGCUGGAUAGAUGCGUUGGGGCAGAGCUUGGAAUCGACUGCUUGUACGGGAGUGCCAAUAUCAGAGAUUUUAGUUGCAGGGUGAUAUAAUCCGGUCUAAUUGCUGAUUUUGCUGAUAUUGGUCCGAUAUCAAUAUUGGAUCGGGACACCGCUAAUAAUAAGUUCCAUCGAUUUGCCAUUAAUAAUUAUUUAGCAUUGUUUUCUGCAUGUAAAACUGUAAUUAUUGUCUAUCAAAUGUAUUUUUUAUUAAUAUUCGUGGGUGUCUGGAAUGAAUAACUUGGAUUUACGUUAUUUCCUUUUUGUUUUGGUACAUUCCAGUUUCAUUGGACCUUUUGAAACAAAUUAAUAAGGAAAACUGUGGGUUUGAAUCUCUGCUUGGCAUCUCUGUGUGGAGUUUGUAUGUUCUCCCCCGUGUGUGAGUUUUCCAAAAACAUGCAUGUUAGGUUAAUUGGCGACUCUAAGGUUAAUAAUUAUUUGUCUGUAUGUGCCCUGCGAUUGACUGCCGACCAGUCCAGGGUGUACCCCGCCUCUCGCCCGAAGUCAGCUGGGAUAGGCUCCAGCCUACCCCCGCGACCCUAAUGAAGAUAAGCGGCAUAGAAAAUAGAUGGAUGGAUUAUCACAAAGGAAUAAAAAUAAGUAGGAAACAUUUCAUGAAAGUAGAAAAAAGACGAGUCAUGGGUUUGUAGUUAAGCCAUUGAGAUAUAUGUGUAAGAAAUGUAUGUGAGGAAAAAGCUAUAUAGUCCAUCGUGACAGAAUAAUGACUUGGAGCCUCAGGUGGAGCUGGAAGGAGAGGAGUCAAACAGUAAGCAAGACGCUGAGAGAGAGCUAGGGAGAGGGAGGGUUCCUGAGUGUGUGUGUGUGGAGAGAGAGAGAGAGAGAGAGAGAGAGAGAGAGAGAAAGAGAGAGAGCAAUUGAGUAUGUGAGCUAGAGAGAUUGCGAGGAGAGGGAGGGAAGUGUAAGCCAGUCACAGCAUCUCUCCGUACUGCACCAGGGCUGAGGGACUCUUCGUCCCAUUGUGUCCCUCACUGCAGAAUUAGCACAGUUCCAUCUGCGUAGUCAUCUUUUUUAAAUUUUUUUUUAUUGCUUUUUACUUGCUGCUUUUUGGUCCAUCUCUGUCUUUGUGCCCGCACCAAAGGAUUUACUCAUUAGGAAAACGGGUUGUCCUGUGUUACGGAAUUACAGGGGACAUUUUGCAAAGGACAGUGGAAUUCUGACUGGGACUCGGCUUUUUAUGUAUACUAGGGUGGAUUUCUCUUUUGUUGCGCAGCAAGUGUUUUUUUUUUUUUCUCUGAGCGACAGACAUACUGAGAGAGGAGUUCGGGGAAGGCUCUACAGGACCCCAUGCCGUUAUGCCUGUCCAACUAAACAGAAUGCAUGCUUAAAAAGACAGAAGCGGUUGUCACGCUAAGCAUCGGAAGGCAAUGACUCCCCGUCCUGCUUGCUUCAGAAUACCAACACGAGAAUGCAAGUAAGGAGUAUGAGAUUGAAAAAAGUAGUUUGCUGACUGUCCCCACAUCCUCUCUCCAAGUGUGUGCCACAGGAUUGCUGAGGAGUCCAAGUGAGUGGAGCGCUGAGUUAUUCAGCUGGCCUCUCAUAGCUCCUGGAGAGUCCUUUCUCCUGCCUCCAUGGGAGUCUGACAUUUCAUGCCUUCAUCAGCCACUACGACUGUUGCAUUUUUUUCUUCUCAAAGUCCAGAACUUUGAUAGCUGAAUUUGCAUGCUUGGAUUUAUAUUUGAAAUAACAUUUUUGCAGCACUCAUGCAGGAAAAAAAAAAACUUGUACUUUCAAUGUGCUUUUUUAAUAAUGUUGGUUUCUGCACAUGGAUGCCUUGGAAAUACACACCAACCCCGUGUGUGUUGAGAGAACUGUGACAUUAUCUCCUGUGGAGAGAUCCCCGUGUUUUUUUUAGCCUGUGUCUGUGUUUUGACUCUCACAAUAGUUAGGCAUACAUGGGCUCCAGACACUGACAAGAGGACCACCAAAAUAAGGGAAGCAUACAGUUGAAUUAUAAACACAGUAACCCCAGUACAUCAAAUCCUGGAUUUUACUGAAGAUGGGCUUGAGGAAUUGAUGUCAUUUUUCUUGCAACCCGAGGGGGUUGUAGUAAAUGUAGACAUUUUAAACAUAACUCCACUCAGUAAAUUUGAUCUCAUCACUCGUUCUGAAAUGGGAGCCAAUAUGUUGCAUACAGAAUCUUUUCUGGGAAUCUGUGAAGCAUUCUGUUUAAUACACUAAGCUCUUCAUCAGGUUUCUUUCCUUGCAACCGCCGCUUUCAUCUGUGUCUUCGCGGAAACGGCUUAUUCCCUCAGCCUCUUGGUGGCAACCCUUUUGAAACUGGAAGAUAAAGGCCACAGGCUGGCAAGCAGAGCAGCAUGGAACCUCACCUCUAGGACGGAUGCUCACUUCAGCUAUAAUUCGGCUCUGCUUCAUGUUUAUUGAAGGAAUAUGUUUUUUCCCCUCACUACUCUUAACUGUAACUUCCCUCUUCUACAAAGCAUGCUGUCCAAAUGGAAAAGAGCCUCAUCCUACCCAUCCAAAAACAGAUGGCAGGUUAAUGAUUUUUCUCCUGUCAGUGUUCUCUUGAAUGUGACUCAUCAAUGUGAAAGAGAGCAAGAGAGCGUGUUAAGUUGUAUUAACUGAAGCCGGCCACAGGGACCCAGGGAGGAGUAAGCAAUCUGAAGUUCUGUGCUGUUGCCUCAUUGGAGUUCUAAAACAACCCUGGACCACUAGUUUGAAACCCAGAACGAUGAAUUUAUCUGACGUAACGACGGACCCAGUGCUUGCAGAAAACAGCAGCCUUGGCGAUGUCUUUUCUGGGGCCUCCAACCACUCCUGUCCCCUAGGAUGGGGGCUGAAAGAAGGUUUGGAGGCUUGCAUCCUGGAGACUGCCGUUGUUGUACUGCUGACAGUGCUCAUUAUUGCUGGCAACUUGACGGUGAUUUUUGUAUUUCACUGUGCCCCGCUGCUGCAUCACUACACCACCAGCUACUUCAUCCAGACCAUGGCCUAUGCUGACCUUCUGGUAGGUCUCAGCUGCCUGGUACCCACCCUGUCUUUGCUCCACUACCCAGCAAGUGUCCAGGAGCCCAUCACAUGUCAGGUCUUCAGCUAUGUCAUCUCUGUUCUCAAAAGUGUCUCAAUGGCGUGUUUGGCCUGUAUCAGUGUGGACCGCUAUCUGGCUAUAACUAAACCACUAUCUUACAACCAACUGGUAACACCAUGCCGGCUACGAAGCUGCAUUACCCUCAUAUGGGUUUACUCUAGCCUGGUCUUCUUACCCUCUUUUUUUGGGUGGGGCAAGCCUGGCUAUCACGGGGACAUUUUUGAGUGGUGUGCACAGUCGUGGCCCACUUCUGCCCUCUUUACAGGCUUUGUGGUGUGCUUACUCUAUGCACCUGCUGCACUUGUAGUCUGUUUUACCUACUAUCACAUAUUUCGUAUUUGCCAGCAGCACAACAGGGAGAUCAGUGAACGACGGGCACGUUUUCCUAGCCAAGAGAUGGAAGCUGUUGAAGGAGGUGCUGAUGGACAGCAAGGAGGACAUGGACCAGAUCGGCGUUAUGCGAUGGUGCUAUUCCGCAUCACAAGUGUUUUCUAUAUGCUCUGGCUGCCCUACAUCAUCUACUUUGUGUUAGAGAGCUCCCAUGUCUUGGAUAGCCCUGCUCUCUCCUUCAUUACCACUUGGCUAGCCAUUAGCAACAGUUUUUGCAACUGUGUCAUCUACAGCCUGUCCAACAGUGUGUUCCGCUUGGGCAUGCGUAGGCUCUCACAGACAAUUUGCUCCUUCAGCCACUGUGCCGCUGAUGACAGGGACUUUGGGAAGCCAAAACCAAGAAAAAGGGCAAACUCAUGCUCCAUCUAAAUAUAUGACUUAAGAUAUAGAAGCAUACAGUUCAUACAACGUCAGUAAAUUCAAAGAAUAAAAAAAGACUAAAUAAUUUCUGUCAGUACUUUGUGGUAACAACUGUGUCAUUCCCUUGGCCACAGCCCGCAGUGCUUUACUGAAUGUUGAGAUCAUUAAGUGUGAUUUAUUUAGAGUAUUAAUGAGAGAUAGUCAGCCUGUGACUGCAUUCACUCUUUGCAUUACAACCUAGUGGUGAUGGUGAUGAUUCCCCUGCAGAAGAUUCAAACACGUUUACCAAAAUGACAUUUUAAUCUGCCAAAACUUCUGCUCCACAAAUAUGUGUCACGGUUGCAAAUGGCUAUUGAUUAAAAAUAUACGUUGAUGGCAUAUUGCUGUUUUUUAGGAAGUCAAUCCUUUCUGCUCAACAAUGAAAUGUGAAACUGUGAACCAAAUAUGAGUAAUUAAAAGAGGUUACUAGUUUUACUCUAAAUCUCUACGACUGUACUUCAAACAGGUCUCUUGAAACCGUUACAGUAAAGUACAAUUAUCUAAUUAAUUUUUUAUGUUGUCUGUGUGGCAAAAAAAAAAAACUUUAAUGGAAAAACAUUUUACAUGUUUUGGUAUAUUUAUUAUCCUCCUGUCCCUCAUAUUAAGUUAUUGAAAAAGCUCUUUUUUAUCGCAUUAGGGUUAUGUAGAACUGUAUAUUACCCUUUAGCAAGACCCUUCUCCAGCACUGGUUCGUUUUCUACAUCGAACUUGAAGGCAUAAACACGAUUGUCUCUUUCCUUGGUUUUUUGAGGAGGCCAUCACACAGAUUCACUGGGGAAAUGUAUUGCUUUUUACCUGCAAGAUAUUUUAUAGCAGGAUAAGCAGCAUAGAAGCUGGAUGGAUGGAUAUUUUAUAGCAUGCUCAUGUGUCAUAAAUGCAUAGAAAUAUCCUCAAAUUCAUUCAAAAAGUCAGUCUUGGGAAUUUGAUAAAUAACAUUUAUUGUUUAUUAUUUUUGGUUUGUUCUCACAGUAACAUUGAUAAUAACAAGUCAUUCCAUUUUCAUUUACUUUAAGUCAUCAUGUUGAGGAAUAUGAUUAUGUAAGUAUCUGAACACAGUCUAGUAGUGGCAGUCCCUCAGAGAGUUUGACAUCUACUGGAUGGCAUAGUGGUAAUUCUAAAAGGUCCACCACCUUGCUUCGCUCUCACAUAAUUUACUAUUAACAUUAAUUGCACCAUCUGCUGGUAGUUACCAAUCAAUGCAGGCCUAUAACCUUAAAUAGUUUCUGUGUUUUCUAAAUUCAAUUUGAAUUCCCAGACUCCUGUGCUGUAUGUUUUGCCCUUCCAACUACUGCUCUUCAAGUAGACUGUAGUGCAAUUCCUCAUCAUUUAUGGCAGAAGACGAUGAUUACUAUUGCUGUAUUGCUACAGUUCUUGUUGUCAUUCAAAAGAAUGCACAUUGAGAACAAUUCACUUUAUGAAUAUGAAGUGUAAUGCUCCCCAUGUUUUGGUUUAGCUGUCUUGGUUAUUCAGAUGUCUUGCAUAAAUCAGUCAGAUGAAAUGGCUCGCUAAUAUUGUGACUUGUCACAAUUGUCACGAUUGUCCUGAGAAGCAGUUUUUAAGUCUGGUGAGGGGUGACCCGCUCAUGACGAAUAACUACUCACCAGUGACUCCACUAAACUUUCCACUCUGUUCAAAGUAAGUCAAUAUUGUUAACAAUAUACUGACUGACUAGUUAGCUGCAGUUCUUGAAAUGAUCCCAGCAGGCCAGCAAUUCAGUAGUGAGAAUCUUUUUCUUUUUCUGGUAAUUUCCAUUGAUGACAAUUGGUCUAACUGACUGAUGUCAACAUUGUAUCUGUAAAUUAAUAAAGUUAGUCUAGGUUUUGUGAACUCCCUUCUGCAGUAUAUCCAAAAACAUGGCUCGUAUGAGAAAACAGAGUAGGUUAACACAGAAUAGCUGUGCUAAAUACUAGAGGUCUGUUCUAUUGAUAGAAUGCUCUGUUAACAGGAAAUAGUACUGUGGGGUAGAUGCAAUUUAUGGGGCCUGACUUUGUGUAACAAUAUGGUAACAACACAGAAACAGUAGUCCUAAAAAUUGAUAGCUUGAUUGUUACCAUGUAGUGUACAUUUUUGAAUGUGAUUGUCCAAGUAAAUUUGACAGUAUUUGGUCAAAAAUUGCACAAUUUAUUAUUCUUUUGGCGUGCUUUUUAGAUACCGGUAGAUGGUCAUGUGACUUUGUAUGUCGGCUCACAGUUUCAAACCUCCAAGGGCAUCGAAUGCAUAAUGUAGACUUAAUUAAGUCAGUCUCUGUAUUCCCAAAACCAAAACUGGAGUGGUAGGAAUUCAAACUGUUCAUGUUUAAACCAAAUGUUUUAAUUUCAAGUGCAGUAAGAAAAAAUGGAUGAUUUGACUGUUACAUUUAUUUAAUGAAAUAAUAUGUACGUCUUUACACAAUAUUCUGUACAUGAGUAUACUGUAAAGUGGCUGUGUUUCAAACCUGUUGUAAAAUAAUAUAUAAUGUAUUGUGUUAAAUUGAUAGGGUUCUGAUGUUUUGAUUAUAGAGGGCCAUGUGUUGAUAGCACAUCUAUUUUUUUAUUUCCAAAAUUUUGACAAAGGUUUUGUUGUUACCAACCAAAUAAAGGUGACGAUAACAAGAACUUCACAUGUGAUAUUUCUCAACUCAGGCGCAUAUUUGUGUGUAAUAUAUAUAUAUACUGUAUGUGUGUAUACUGUAUGUGUGUAUAUAUAUACACUCCUGAUCAAAAUCUUAAGACCAGUUGAAAAAUUGCUCGAAUUUGCAUUUUGCACAUUUGGAUCUUAAUGAGGUUUUAAGUACAGCUGCAAUAUGAAACAAGAAGGGGGGAGUGAGACAAAAAAACAUUUUGAUAGAGUAAUUUAUUAAAAACAACAAUUAAACUGAAAUAGGCUGUUUAUCAGCUGAACAAAAGUUUAAGACCACAGGCUAUAAAAGCCAAAAUCUGCUCAAAAUGUUCAUUUUCUGUCAGGCAUUCACACUGUCAUGCCUUCCUGAUGGCUAAAGCUAAGAAGCUUUCUCUUUUUGAACAUGGUCGGAUUGUCGAGCUGCAUAAGCAAGGCCUCUCGCAGCGUGCCAUUGCUGCAGAGUUUGGGUGCAGUAAAUCAGUCAUUCAAAAUUGUUUGAAAGAUCCUGAGCAUUAUGAAACAAAAAAGUCAAGUGGUAGACCCAAAAAAAUCAAAUCUGCGCUGAGCCGAGGAUCCGAUUGGCUGUCCAUCAAGACACAGGGCGGUCUUCCACCCACAUAAAGGCCCUUACUCGUGCCGACUGCAGCGCAAUAACCAUCAGAUGGCAUCUGCGGGCAAAGGGUUUUAAAAACAAAUUCAAAGACCUCGACUCCUUCAACGUCACAAAACUGCCCAUUUAAACUUUGCCAGGGAGCAUCAAAAUGGGACAUUGAAAGGGGGAAAAAAGUUUUAUUUUCUGAUGAGGAAAAAAUGUAACCUUGACGGUCCAGAUGGCUUCCAACGUUACUGGCAUGACAAGGAGAGCCCACCUGAGAGGUUUUCUACCCGGCACAGUGGAGGGGGGUCCAUCAUGAUCCAUUGACAUUCAUGAUGAUUUUUCAUUCAGUGGAACACUGGACCUUCAGGUGGUGCAGGGUCGUCAAACGGAUGCAGAUGUUGCAGGGGGCAUCCCUCAUGACUGAGGGCCGUCGUCUGUGUGGUAACAGCUGGGUUUUUCAACAGGACAGUAAAUAUUAGCUGUAUAGUAUAGUGACAACUAUACAUUAAUAAAAAAAAUACAGUAUACUGUAUAUGAACAGUAAUGUGUAGAUUAUUUGAAGCUGUGUUUGUUAUCGAGUCUGGCAGUAGCGGGAAGGACCUGUGGUACCUGCCCUUCACACAUUUGGGGUAAAGUAGUCGCUGAAAUAGCUACUGAGUGUUGUUGUUCUGCACUGGGUGGGAGUUGCCCAUCAUAGAUGAUAGCUUUUCUGCCAUCCUCGUCUCCCUGUAUUGCACUACCUGCACUGAAUGCAGGGGACCCCAGGCCACGGCUGACCUUUCUUAUCAGUCUGUCUAGGUUUCCCCUCUCAGCUGCACCUUUUCUGUUGCCCCAAAAGACCACUCCCUGAAAGAUGGCCGAUACCACUAUGGAGUCAUAAAAUGUUUUCAGGAGUGCCCUUGCACACCAGAGGACCAGCUCCAGUAUUUUGUCACAGGGCCGCGAGCUAUCUGUGGCGGUGUGUAAGAGAAGGGUGGUGUGGGGGGGGUUAGGUGACAACAUCAUCCGAUUUGCAUAAUUGGCCAUGACGCGUGUGCAGGAAGUUUUUAUGAACGCCGUGGGCACUGUACCUGUCAACAUUUGUUAUUUGGAAAACACCACCACCACAGACGAGUCCCACUGUAAUGUGUUUAUGGUGAACAGGUAGUAUUGAGCAAGGACACUAGAUUUGAAUAGGACUGUCAACUCGGCAUCUACUUCCGUAGUAUGCCCUGUGCGUGUGUGGCCGCCAUGAUGGUGAGCAGAAUCCCGAAACAUGAUUGAAUGGAAACACUGCAUUGUAGACAUGUCCUCGGCACACUGCUCAGCCAUCAAUUUCUCUAAUAGACGGUCCAAAGGACCAGAUUUGUCAUUUUUCAAGUUCCCAAAAAACAAAGACAGGUAUCUGUCAUAAAAAUGUUGUAGAUUUAUAACACUGGUUGCUGUAAAUAAACAGGACAGUAGACAAGACUCACAAAGGGUAUAUUGUGUGGGACUCCCACACAAUGUAGCCUAAAGCUAAUUUGUAUCUCUGGGUGAUUCGUUGAAUUCAUGACAAGUCAGUGAUAAUGAUGAUUUAGUCUAUAGUCUAUCAAAUGUUUUAACAAUACCAUUACUGAAAUAAAUGUAGCAUUGUGUAAAUACUACCAGUUAGUUAUCCAUUUCAUGUAAGUAUUAUUAUUUUGUAUGUUGAUUGAUAAGCGUU